CGCGCUCUCAUCCUGCCUCGGCGGAAGGGGACAGACGCUCACACAAAUCUUUGCCUGCGAAGGUAACGCGUUUUGUCGUUCUUGCCUCUCGGCCCUCACCAGCUGCAAUCUUCGAUGAUUUUCCGGAUUAGAACGGCUUUGGCUGGAGUGCCACGUCCUGGCUGUUGGCUGUCUGGCUUGUCAUAAGACUAGCUGUGGUUCCCUUGCCUCUUCGCUCUGGCUCGUGCAAACCUGACCUCACUCUCUGAUCUCCUCUUCCCACUUCUUGGAGCGUUGAGUCACGAUCGUCUCUCCUCUCACGGAAAUAUUGGCGUUGCGCUGGGGAGCUUUGUUGUCCUCAUUCUUUCCUUGUCCCCGACCCGGUCUGUGUUGUCAUAAACACGCCUGCAGCCGACCUCGCUCUCUUUCCAACCCUCAUUGCUCCUCAGGUGAUCGUACGAGUCGAGCAGCUCAGCAGCCCCCAGCUUCGAAUCCGCCGACUUCGUGAACCGUGUUUGCCUUCUCAAAACAAGCUCCUAGACUAGAUUUUGCUCGGCUUGCAUGAGCAGGUAAACACGCGGAGUAUUCGCUGAAGACCUCUCGUCAACAUGUCCGCCAAAAGUGUCAAAGGCGAAGGCGGCAAGAAACCGGCCAGCGCCGCCACAAAUCUCAUCGCCGGUGGUGGUGCGGGCAUGAUGGAAGCCCUGGUGUGUCACCCGCUCGACACGAUAAAAGUGCGAAUGCAAUUGUCCAGAAGAGGGAGAACCCCGGGGACAAAGAAACGAGGCUUCGUGAUGACCGGAAGGGACAUUGUCAAGAGGGAAACGGUCUUUGGUCUAUAUAAGGGUUUAGGCGCCGUUCUCACUGGCAUUGUCCCCAAGAUGGCCAUUCGAUUCACCUCGUACGAGUGGUACAAGCAGCUACUGGCCGAUCCAGACGGGAAAGUGAGUUCGCGGGCGACGUUCCUAGCUGGAUUGGCCGCCGGUGUCACCGAAGCAGUCGCGGUGGUGACUCCAAUGGAGGUCGUCAAGAUCCGAAUGCAGGCCCAAUACCACAGUCUCUCCGAUCCGCUCGAUGUCCCCAAAUACCGAAGUGCGCCCCACGCCCUCAUGACCGUCAUUCGCGAAGAAGGCAUCGGUGCCAUCUACCGCGGCGUUUCCCUCACUGCUCUGCGACAGGGCACGAACCAGGCAGUCAACUUCACCGUAUACACUGAACUGAAAGAGAUGUUGCAACGGUGGCAGCCAGAAUACAACAACAAGAACCUACCAGGUUAUCAGACCACUGUCAUUGGGCUGAUAUCGGGCGCCAUGGGUCCAUUCUCCAAUGCCCCGAUCGACACGAUCAAGACGCGAUUGCAGAAGACUCCGGCGGAGCCCGGUCAGACUGCCCUCUCGAGGAUCAUGAAGAUAUCCAGCGACAUGUUCAAGCAGGAGGGACCGAAGGCGUUCUACAAGGGUAUCACGCCCAGAGUGAUGCGUGUGGCUCCGGGACAAGCAGUCACAUUCACCGUCUAUGAAUAUUUGAAGGGGGCUCUAGAACGGAGUAACCUCUUGUUUGUGGGAGGGCAAUACGAGGAGUGAUCGAGGGGAUACAGCCGAGGGCUUGAGAGGGUCCGAGAUGUCCAAAUGCCAUGUUUUGCGAUGUGUUGCAUCUUCCUGGAGCGAGGGCAGAGGAAAAAGCACGGCGGUGAAUCAUUUUGACUGGCGCCCACAGGGACCAUUUUCCGUGUACAUAGUCGACAUGCGAGUGUUUCAAUCUAUUGUUCGAAAGGAGAGUCAUUGGCUCGUUCUCUGCAGCACCUCUCGCCCUUUCAGUGUAUCUCGUCAUCGAACCCCAGCGGAGGGAGCGGAGGGAGCGGUCCAGCAUCCCCAUGACGGC